AUGACCUUCGAUUCAAACGAUUUCGAUUUUGAUCCAAAUAAAUUCUCUGAAAUAGAAAAAAAACUUGAAGAUGAUGGUUAUGUUCGUAUACAAUUUUCAAGUGAACAUUUGCCAAAAGAUCAUCAUAUUAUGAAAAAUAUGGAAAAAUUUUUUAUUGAAAUUAUCGAAAAACUCGGUGGUCAAUGUUUAGAUCAUAAUGAAGAAAAAAAUUCUAUUGUUUGGCAUGUUCAACCAAUACAAAUAUGUUCCGAUAGAAAAGAAAAACAAUUAGCUCGAUCACAAACAAAUGAGGAAUUUUCAUUUCAUACAGAUUGUUCAUAUGAAGAAAAUCCAGCUGAAUAUAUGGCAUUAUUUGUUUUAGAACAAGAUCAAUUUGGUGGUGGACAAUUAGAAAUAAUUCGAUUGUCAGAUGUAUUACAAAGUUUAUCAUUAAAAACAAAAGAAAAAUUACUUAAAAAUAAAAUACGAAUAAAUAUACCAGAAGAAUUUCGAAAAUCAUCAAGUAUUGAUCAUAUAAAUGCACCAAUUUUAAUGGAUUAUGAUAAAAUUCGUUAUAGACACGAUAUUUUAUCUGGGGAAACUAAUGAAGAAUUAGAUGAACUUAACUCAAUAAUUGAUAAAGCUGAAAAAUAUAAACCAAAAUUAAAUAAAUAUACAAUGAUUAUAUUAAAUAAUCAAACAUAUCUUCAUGGUAGAACAAAAAUUCUUGAUAAUCGUCGUCAUUUACUUCGAAUAAGAUUUAAUCGACCAUUACUAUAUAAUAUUUUUUCUGUUUAUGACCAAACUAAAUUACUUCGAGAAUAUUUAACAUUUUCAAAUGAAUUUUAUGAUUAUUUUGAUAAUCAACAUGAAUAUUUAUAUGAAAUAUUAAAUUUAAUUGUUAAACAAUAUAGUGAACCAACAAGUUUAGGUGAAGAAAUUCGACAAACUUUUCAAUUUAAUUCUAAAAUUCAUAAUAUUUUAACACAAUUAAAUAUUCAUCGACCGGAUUUUCAAAUAGGAACUUAUCGUCCAGAUAUUGUUUUUGGUCAUGGAAAUUUAUUUAAAAUAAAUGGAAUUCAUUCAUUUCAACCAAAAAUGUGUGAAAUUAAUGCACGAUUUCCAUUUAAUGGAUAUUUUGCAUCAGCUGGUUGUUGCUCAACCGAUGAUCAAAAUAGGUUUUCAAAAAAAUAUUCCAAUUCAAUUGAAACAA